CUUGCGAUUGCUUGCUAUCGCUGUGCUCUGCCGUCGCUGUAGCUGCACUGAAGUCCCUUCCGUUUAUCGUCAGUCGAAAGGUAGAAAAUCUGUCCAUUUCCAGUUUAACCCAAGUGCAAUCUACACGUGAAUCGAUUCCCGUUACAUUGAGUGUAAAUGUAGCAAUCGGGAGUGGGACAUUUCCCGUAGAAACCCCGUCAGGUUUUGUAACCGAGUAGUGCUUUAGAACUUUGACAUCGAGUGAUUUUCUUGGACUUAGAAAAUUUUCAACUGUCUGGUUAGGUGGCAAAUAUAUAUCUUCUUGAUUAAAAUUAGACAUCGCCUCGAGAAUGAGUGUCGAAGCGGAAUCAGCCAAUUCUCAGGACUCCAAGCAGCUGAACGGUGAUCGUCCGAAUGGUGUAAGCAAUGGGCACUCGGCCGUUGGUUCGACCGGUGGCGGUGGGAGUGGCAAUGGAGAGGAACGGCACAAAAGCCACAAGAGCUCCAGCAAGGACAAACAUCGAGACAAAGAUCGGGAUCGGGAAAAGGACAAACAGCGCGAUAAGGAGCGUGAUCGGGACCGGGAUAAACACCGGGACAAGGACAAGGAACGUGACAAACAUAAAAGCAGUUCGUCGUCUAAGGACAAGGAUCGCGAAAAGGACAAAUCCAGCAGCAGUAGCAGCAAGGAUAAGGAAAGAGAUCGUCACAGUAGCUCCCACAAGAGUUCCAAAAGUGAUAAGGAUCGCGACCGGGAGAAGGACAAAGACAAGGAACGGUCCAAAGAUAAAGAGCGAUCGAAAGAUAAGGACCGCGAGAAAGAUCGCGACAAAGAACGGUCCAAAGAUAAAGACCGCGAGAAGGACAAGGAAAGGAAGGAUCGUGAUAAAGAGAAGGAUAAGUCCAGCAGCAGCAGUAGCAAGGACAAGGAUCGAGACAAGCAUAAGAGCAGUUCGUCGUCCUCUUCGUCACAUCGCGACAAAGACCGAGAUCGCGAGAAAGACAAGCACAAAAGCAGCAGUGGCAGCAGUAGAGAUAAGGACAAACAUUCCAGUAGCAAUAGUGGAAAGGACAAGGAUCGCAAGGACCGCGAUCGUGGCGAAAAAAGUUCAUCAUCCUCAAAGGAUAAGGACAAGAAUCGCGACAGGAAGGAUAAAAUCAAAGAGGAACCCGUUGAGCAGCAAGAGCCUCCUGCUGAAAUAAAAAUCGAAAAGUCCCAACCAUUUUUAAAUGGACUUGAGAGUAACGAAUCUUUCCAGGAUGUGAAGGAGACCAAAAUAGACGACCCACUGGACGUUUCUCAAGCCAGCUCCUGCGAUUACUCAAUGUCGCAGUUCCGCGAGGAUGAAACUGCAUUCGUCAUCAAAGAGGAAGCACCGGAUCCCGAUCGCGAUGCUAACAAUGACAACGAAGAGGACGACGAUGCACAAGAGGAACCGGAGGAGCUACCGUUGCAGAUCAAACAAGAAUCCGAUUCCGAGGACGAUAUUCCACUAUCUAAGCGCAAAAAGAAGGAUGAUGACGAAGAAUUCGACGGUGGUCGCACAAAAAAGAAAAUAAAGACUGAGAAAAAGGACAAAAAAGAGAAAAAGAAGAAACGCGCAUACGAAUCCGAAUCAGAGCCUGAAGAGGAAGAGGACGACGAAGAAGAGUACGCAUCGAAGAAGCAAGCUAAAAAGGCUAAACUUAAGAAGACUGCCAUUAAGCAGGAGAAGAAAACCAAGGUUAAGAAGGAGAUAAAAACGGAACCUGAAAGUCCUACCAAAGGCCGUAAGAAGAAGAAGGAAGAGGAAGAGCAUGAAGUCUGGAAAUGGUGGGAAGAAGAAAAACGUGAAGAUGGCGUCAAGUGGAACCAUCUGGAACACAAAGGUCCAGUUUUUGCGCCACCGUACGAGCGGCUGCCGGAGAACGUUAAGUUCGAGUACGAUGGCAAGCAAAUGAAGCUGUCGCAAGAUGCGGAAGAAGUCGCCGGAUUCUACGCGCGCAUGUUGGAGCACGAUUACACCUCUAAAGGUGCAUUCAACGAUAACUUCUUCAAAGACUGGCGCAAAUCGAUGAACUCGUCGGAGCGGGACAAAAUCAAAGAUCUCAAGAAAUGUAACUUCCGCUACAUGCACCGCCACUUUGCCGAUUUGUCCGAGAAGAAUCGAAACCGGACCAAGGAGGAGAAACAAAAAUUGAAGGAAACGAACGAAGCGCUGGUGAAGGAGUACGGAAUUUGCAUCAUCGACGGGCACAAGGAAAAGAUUGGUAAUUUUCGCAUUGAACCGCCGGGUUUGUUCCGUGGUCGCGGUGAACAUCCGAAGAUGGGAAUGGUAAAGCGACGUGUCAUGCCAGAGGAUGUGAUUAUCAACUGCGGUAAGGACAGCAACUGGCCAAAAGCUCCCGAGGGCCACCGUUGGAAGGAAGUUCGCCACGACAACACUGUGUCAUGGUUAGCCUCAUGGACGGAAAAUGUCCAAGGUCAGGUGAAAUAUGUCAUGUUGAAUCCUAGUUCCAAAUUGAAGGGUGAAAAGGAUUGGCAAAAGUAUGAAACUGCCCGGCGUUUGCUGAAGCACAUCGAUAAAAUUCGUGACACCUAUCGUGAUGAGUGGAAGAGCAAAGAGAUGAGAAUUAGACAGCGUGCCGUUGCGCUCUACUUUAUCGAUAAACUCGCGCUGAGAGCUGGCAACGAAAAGGACGAAGAUCAGGCCGACACGGUCGGUUGCUGUUCACUUCGCGUUGAACACAUCGAAUUGCACAAAGAGCAUAACGGGAAGGAGAAUGUAGUUGUUUUCGAUUUCCUCGGUAAAGAUUCCAUUCGUUACUACAACGAAGUUGAGGUGGAGAAACGUGUUUUCAAAAAUCUCGAACUUUUCAAGGAGAACAAAAAACCUGGUGAUGAUUUGUUCGAUCGACUGAAUACAACCGUGCUGAAUGAGCAUUUAAGAGAUUUGAUGGAAGGACUUACGGCAAAAGUGUUCCGUACUUUCAACGCUUCUUUCACACUGCAGAAUCAAUUGGCCGAGCUGACCGAUCCCGACAUGACAGUCCCGGAGAAGCUUCUAGCUUACAACCGAGCGAAUCGAGCCGUGGCCAUACUGUGUAACCAUCAAAGGGCCGUGCCGAAGUCACACGACAAAAGCAUGUCCAAUCUGAAGGAAAAAAUUCGUCUCAAGCAUGAAUCAAUUGAAAACUGCGAACAAGAAUUGCGGGAUCUGGGAAAACGGGACAAAAUCGCUCGCGAUAAGAAACAGAAGAUGCUAGAUCGUCUCAAGGAACAACUGAAGAAACUUGAGCUGCAAGAGACUGACCGAGACGAGAACAAAACGAUCGCUCUGGGAACUUCCAAAUUGAAUUAUCUCGAUCCAAGGAUCUCAGUUGCGUGGUGUAAAAAGUUCGACGUCCCCAUCGAAAAAAUCUUCAACAAAACACAUCGCGACAAAUUCCGGUGGGCAAUCGACAUGGCCGACGAAAACUACGUGUUCUAAGGUGGCGUCGGUCCGAUUCUUUUUUUGUUUUAAAUUCAUAACGAUUGUGAGCCCCAAGCGAACCCGGCCCGGAAAAACCAAACCCGUAUUCGAUGAAUCGUGAAACUAAUAUCCAAAGUGAGUGAUAUUAGAGGACGUAGGGGGGUGGUAACCGUAUUUCUAAUUUUAGGUGAUAACUAUUUUAAAGUUCAGUUCUCCGGUUUUUUUGGGCGCUCAUUGGAGGUCCAUUGAUAUAUUGGCGAGAGCGCAAACAGUGCCGAUGAGUUCCAUUUGUAAAAAGAAAACAGUUUAUAUUUAUUAAUAAAAACAAAGAAAGAAUAACGAUUCAAUCAUCCAUCCGUGAGAGGGCCAAAAUAAGUACCGUCUUUACCGUGAAUUUAAAAAAUCCAUUUUAAUCGUACAUUUUAUAAAAGAUUAUUUGUUUUCAAAAUAACUUGUUCCACUUCAAUCAUUAGGUUUCACAACUAAACUGCACUACCGAAUAGGAAGAUUUUUUUUUGUUAUCUUCAUUGUUGAAAGUGAUGUGUUGUGUAAUUCAUCAGUCGAAAAAUCGCUUACCUGUGAAACGCGCACCGAAACACAAAUGUAAUUUAUUUAUUUAGACCGAAGUGGCUAAGAAGAAAAAGGAAAGGAUAUCAUUUCUUCUCUUUCGAUAAUCACUGUAUGAAUGAAUAUUAGUUUUAUUAUAUUUUAUCACUAGUUUGAUAAGUAGUAGCAAUUAAUUCUGCAACGUAGGUAUGUACUGAGAGUGAUUUGAAAGAGUUUCCUUACGACAAAAAAAAAUAAAUAUAAAUAACCGAAACGUGAACAUGAUUUAAUCAAAUUCGUGCUGAAAUAUGAGAGCGGAAGGGAAAAAAACUAAAUAACCGUGUGGCAAUGAAACAACAACCGAUAGUGAAAAUGGAAAAAUAAAGAUAACUAAGCUAAAGUUCAUAUUUACAAACCGUACAAUCGUAAUCCUACUAGAUAUUAGUCCAGAAAGCAAAACAAACAAACAAAAUGAACAGAGCAAAAUAAACUCAAACAAUGUACCAUUUGUAGGACAAGCAAAAGAACAACUACAACAAAAAAGUGCAGUAAAUAAUCUACUACUAUAUAAGGGACAGUUUUUUUUAAGCUUUAAGUAAAUCCGUAUCAAUAAGUCAUUAUGGUUGACGACUAGAGUGCAAGAUAUCCGAGAGCUGCCGCUCGUCGCUUGGCACUACUAAGUUAAAUAUAGUAGGAAGAAUAAAAGAAAAACGUGCCCACAUAAACAUAAAUUACUAUACUAGUAGUAUGUAAGCAAAAAAAAAGCAAACAACUAUUGCAACCACAGAACAGAACUCAUUUUUUUAACAUGGUUACUAUCGGUUUUCUUUAUAAAAGGAAACUGGACCGUUUAGACACUCAUGAACACUCACACACACAUACACACACACACCGACACACACACAUAUAUAUAAAUAUAUAUGUAUGGACUAAGAGAAAAAUCUAAAUAAUUGUAAUGAAAUGAUUGAGCGAAAAAAAAGCUAUGUUGAAAGCAAAAAUGUCAGAAAUAAAAAUUGAAAAAUUGUGAUUAAA